AUGGACGAAGGUUCCGGUGAUGAGCGUCGUCUGUUCGAACAUUUUAUUGUAGCCGGAUUGGCCGACGGUGCUGAUGAGUUGACAAAAGUGUCACAUGAAUGUGGUAACAAAGCUCCAGAGCAGGUGGCUCCGAUAAUUGACAUCACUGUCAUAUUUCCUAGCCUUGGCGAAACCGUAAGUUAAUUUCUUUUGUGUUGUAUAUUUAGAUGCUUUAAUUACGACACAUAUUUGCAAACUUUGGACUGUUUUUGAGGCUUAAACAAAGUUUUAUGUAAAAGUAGUCGUUAAAAAGUAGUGAACCAGUUGCUUUUGGUUAGAACGUUUUUGAAAAGAUGGUUAGGAACUCGGAAUUUUAGGUUGUUUUAAUCUAUAGCUUAGGUAAACUAAUUCCAAAUGAGAAAUGUUUUUUUUCAUUAAAUUUGUUUGUUCUUUGAAGUUGUUUUAUAUCUAAAACGAACCUAUUUUUAUAAUCUCCAGGAGUACUUGCGAAAGUUGAAGCUGUGUGUUCAAAUUCGGCCGGUUUUAGAAAUUAAAUGUUAUUUUUAUAUAUUGUAGGUUCCUAAAGGUUACGAAUGUAUCGAAACAACGCCUUCUGGACAUCCAGCUGAUCUGAAUCAUGGGUCAUUUCGAACGAAUUCAGCUUUUCUGUGUUAUCGGCGAGGUUACAAUAAGCCGGCUUUGGUUGACAUAGGAAUCUUGGAUGAGAGUAAACACGAAAAAGUAAAAUAUGACUCAACGAUAAUUCAACACACUCACUUUGGACAUUCGGCUAAUGUGAACAACUCUUCGGCCGGAUUAUUUUUUACUACAAGAAGAUCAAGUGAAAAUGCACCGCCUCAUCAGCUUGUGAUUACUCACAUAUGUGUUAUACUCACGUCCAAAGGAGAAGUUCCACCACAUACUUACUUCAAGAUUGACAAGAACUUGAACAAGGUAUGUUUAACUUUGCUGAUUUUUGAGUAAUGUAUAGUUUACUGUGUAAAAAAUAUUUACAUUUGUAUUUUGUAAAAUAUGUUAUUUUUCUUGUAUAUCUGUCUUAUAAUUAUAAAACACAACUUAAAGCUUUAAACUAUUCCAGGGUAUGGUCGGGUCUGGAGUAUAUGUUUGUUACAAGAAGGCGCAGUCAUCUUCUAAAAGGAUAUCAUACAAGCCGGCCAUAUUAGAUUGUUACCCAAAAGUUGAAGAUAUUACUAAUUCUAUUGCUCAGAAUGUGUCCAUGUUUUGUUUGCCAAUGGGAGCGGUGAUAGAAAGCUGGGCCAAAGGUUGUAGUGAACCAGAGAAGAUGUUCAGUACUUGUGUAUUAACUGAUGAGGUAUGCUUUUGAAUUCUUGUUGUUUUUACGUUUAGGUAAUUAAUUUUUAACUAGGUUCACAAGAGUUGAAGUUGCAUAAGGAUUGAAGUUUAUAUUAACUUACAUAUUAAUUUGAUCGCGUUUGACUUUAAAGAGGUCUUGAUGCACAUUUAUAACGCUUUAAAGGUUGCGAUUCUUUGUUUUCUAAAAAUUAAUAUUGUUUUUAGAUGGGAAACAAGUUUUAUGGAGCUUCGUUGACAUUUUAUGAGAAGUACACUAAUGAAUUGACAGAGACACAAUUGGAAAAGUUGGAGUUGAGUUCAAUGAUACCUGAAGAAGAAUCUGUAGAAGGUCAGAAUUCUGUUAGUACUGAAGUGAGUUUAAAUUUUAGUUAAACGUAUUAUAUUAUAAGUGUUCAAGUGAUUUUAUAUGUUAGAGACUGCAAUUCUACUUUAUCUUUAUUUUUCAGGCCAAAUAUUAUAGUAGCAAAGCGAUUUGUAUUGUAUCAAGGUACCCAUUCUUCGAAGCCUUUAGAAAAUUUUUAUUUUUUGUUAAUGGUAUGUCACGAUCAGGAUCUUAUAAACUGCCGAUUGAACGUUAUAUUAGCCAUUUGGUAGGAUUUUAAAAAGUUUUAUUUAAUUUUGUCUUAAAAAAUAGUUUUUUUAAAUAACAACUACAACAUCUAUUUUUGAAGUUUAAAAAUAUGAGAGGAGUAUUCGACAAGAUUGUUUCCUAUCGUAAUGUACGUAUUUUAGAUGCUUGAAGUGCCGUUUCCCUCACCACUAAGACCUCGAGUUCUUGUGCAACUAAACAAUGAGUUGGUGCCUUUCGAAAGUCACGAUGAUAGUCAAGUUCCGCUCUCUGGAGCUACUUUUGUGGAAUCUUUACGCUACCUAGGGGUCGAGAGUAUUCUCUAUGCAAUGUUGUUAGCUUUGCUUGAACAAAAAGUGAGUUUUAAGCGAAUUUUAACGAAAAUUUAUAUUUUUUAUUGUAUUAUGGAUAUUAGAUGUGUUUUGUUGGUUAUAGUCAGUUUGUAACACAACAGUAGGAACUUGAAAUUUCGAGUUAUUAAUGUUUGAAUUUACAGAUACUAGUCCAUUCUCUACGUCCAUGGUUGUUAACGUCGGUAUCUGAGACUCUGUGUGCAAUGAUGUUUCCAUUUCAUUGGCAAUGCCCAUACAUUCCUCAAUGUCCGCUGGAUUUGGCUGGGGUUCUCCAUGCUCCUUUACCUUUUAUUGCAGGUGUUCAUUCAAGGUAAAGUUGAAAAUCUAUAUAUUAUUUUAUUAGAGGGUUCAAAUAAUUCUGUGCAUUCUAAUUACGAUAAUUUUCUUUGAGAGGGGGCACAGAAUUAUGUGAACAACCGAAUAGAUUUUUAUUGACAGGGUCAAUUUAAUUGAUUUUGUUUCAGUAACCACUUACUAUAGCUCUAAAUUUACAGGUAUUUCGACCUGUAUGAAGACCCACCAGAAGAUGUGACAUGUUUCGAUUUGGACACACAAACUAUUAGCAAUUCGUAUGUUAGAAAGACUGUUAAACUCAAUAUGUUACCUAAAAAACCAUUAAAAAAGUUGAGGCAAGCUUUGGAGAAGCUACUGAUAGAACUACAAAACAACGAACAGAAGCUACGAGGAGAUUCUGAUUACAAAAAGAAGCUGGAUCUGAAUAUCAGGGAAGAGUUCUUGAGGUACGAUGAGUUUUGUUAGCUUUCUUUGGUACAAUUUUUCAUUUUUUAGGUUUUAUAUUAAGAUUUGAGCUUAAAACUGUGUUGCAUAUUUAAUUGUAAAUUUUUUAAAAAUAUAACUUUAUUUUAAAUUUUAUUCAAGGAUUUGUUGCUACUUUAAAUAUUAUAUUCAUCUUAUUUUUCAGAUUUAUGUGCCAUUUGAUGAUAAACUACAACGACUACCUGAAGCCAAUUACAACAUCGCCAAAGACCGUUAAUGCCACGGAUAUGAGCGUCUUGUUCGAUUUGGAUGGAUUCUUGAAGUCGCGGGACAAGAAUUCUUACGACUUCUACAAAAGAUUGUCAGAGACACAAUGCUUUAUCAGGUUUGUGGAGGAACGAAGCUUCAUAUCGGAUAAAAACGUCUACAAUGUGUUCUUUGAUGACUGUGCUGAAAGGGUUAAGCAACAAGGUAUGAUAUAUAAAUUUAUAAUGGCUGAGUCUUGAAGUUUAAGUUCUUUAAAAGAUCUACUAAAGACCUCUGACUGGAGCGAUUUUGAGUAUAAAAUUUAGGGUGUUUGUCAUUACUUUCGGUAUUAAUCUAGCUUUUUUAUCUUUAGAUGUUCAAGUCCCAUUACUGGAUUACGACUCGUACUUGUCUAAUCACACGAUAGUUGUACCACCUCCAGAAGUCUUUACGGAAUAUCGUGACUUUUACACUUAUCAUGGCUUUCCAUCACAAUUCAAUGAGUUGUUGUUUGAAACUGACACCAUUAAAGAGAAGAAAAAGGAUUCUGUAACACAAACUUUGGUUAAGGAAACUUCUACUGGAGCUGGUAAUUGUUUUAUUGAUAUUUUAAUCAACGAUAAUAAUAAUAAGGAAGCUUAACAGUUCAUCUUAGGUAGAAACUGUAGAAUAUUAUAGUUUUUGAUUAUCUUAUAAAUUUAAAAUGACGUUUUUUGUUUUAGAAACUCAGCCCUUUGCUUUUUGUCGCUGCAAACAAGAAUCAAGGAUAACAACAACUGACUUGACGGCUUUGUUAGAACAAUCCGAGAUCUUUUGGCCAAGAUCGUUACUGUUCUUUGCUUACUCGCUAUGGUUUCUACAACUACCAGCUUUGGUUUCAGUGUCACGGAACAAAUUCAAGAUGUUAUUAUUGGCUGUUAGGGUUAGUUUUUGUUGAAAAGUUUAGGAAUUUAAGAUAACGCUGUUUGAACUAGGUUUUUUAUGUUUAAAAAGGAGUUGUUUUUGUUGUGAUAAGUAUUAUUUUUGAAUUUUGGAAUAGAAAAAUUGGGGUUAUUUGAAUAAAAAAGUCAGUUAGGGGGCUUGCUUGUGGUAAGAUAUCUGAUAUAUAAUAUUUUUUUUGUAUUUGGUCGUUAUAUGCUUUUUUUUAGAUAUUAAGCCGAAUGGAGAAGUGUGGUCUUCACUUUUUCGAUCAACUAUCAUACCGAACUCUGAUCCGUCUCUGUGGUGAGUACAAAUACCCAGCGUUGGCGGUUGAUGUGCUACAGAAAAUGAGAAGAAUUGGAAUCCCACUGAACGCCAUUACUUAUGGAACCUAUCAUUGGGCUGUAAUGCAAGGUGAAUGGCCCUCGGAAGCUCAAAUGAAGGCUCACGAAGCAUGGCGAAGACUGAGGUUACGACUCGAAGGUGCCGUCAGAUUCAACUACUUCGGCAGGAAUAGUAUCUACGCCUUCAAAAGACAUAUGGCUCAACAAGAUGACACUUCUUCUGUGGCCUCUGGGCAUUCACGGAACGAAUUGAAUGUUGGAUCAGCAGUGUCUGGAUCACUGUCGAAUCAGUCGUUGUCUAGUGCUAUCAACUUCUCGGAGAGUGAUAAAACGACUAAUUCGUCUGUGUUUAACGAAAAUGUUGAGGUAGGAUUAGUUGGUAUUGCAGUAUUUUGGGCAGUAAAAAUAAUGUUUUUUGAGAUUUAUAACUAAAAAGUUGUUUAGUAUUGAAGUAAAUAUCAUGAGUAAUAUAUUGUUUUUAUAAAAAUUGAUAUUUUAUUACUGAAAAUGAUAAUUUGAUAAAUUUUAUUUUCAGCCUGCAAAAAUGCCUGACGAAGACCCUCUGGGUGCUGGGAAUGGAGCCUUAAAACGAGAUGCAAGUGAAGGAGCUAUCAGUGAAAUGUUGAGUCCAACACGACAACAAUUUAUCAAAGAACAUUCGGUUUCACCGUUCUCGAAGGAGCUGGAUGAUCUUGAUAGGAAAAUGUCACAAGAAAGGAAAAAGUCAUUUAAAUUGGGUGGUUCGUGGCUGAAAGGAUUAACAACUUCUCCUAUGAUUAACAGAUUAAUGAAAAGCUCCGGUUCAGGUAUUAUGUCUUAAUUUUUAAGGAAGUAAUGGGAGUUUCGGAGGUUUUAGGUAAUAGCUUUUGUCUGGUUUCGGGGUAGAGAUAAUACUAUUUGAAGUAAAGUGUUUAAGGGUUUAUUUAAUAUAUAUUUUGAUUUUUUUGGGUUGUUGUCAAAGUAUGGAAGUAAAAAAUUGAAUAAAUGUGUUUUUGAUUAUAUUUUUGAAGUUUUACGUAGUGAAUUUAGUUUUAAAUGUGAUCGUUAUGUCGAGGAUCUUUACAGAUGCAACAGAAAAACCAAAGUCUCAUAGCAUGGGUGGUCAUGGAAAGCUGGAAUCCUCAAAUGGUGCGAUGACAAUGUCACCAAGCCUUCAUUCUCUAGUCAGUCAGUUCAAAAAACAGGCAAUAAAAGGUAAUUAUGCUUUGACUACAAUAAUAUAAUUCACAAUUUUAGGUAUUAAACUAUAAUUUAUUAUUUUAGGUACUAAAGUACCAUUUAUAAUAAUAAUUUACUUUUUUAUAUCUUUUUAGGAUACGACGGUGUAGUGCAACACAGUUCAGUAAUGCUCAAAAAGUCAGGCUUAAACUCGCUGAUGAGCGACUCAAAACAUCACAAGAAUCACUACAAGGACGUGUUAUCAGCAAUGUCGUCGAGUGAAGAGAAUCUGGAUGCUAUCGAUCUUGACAACAGAGACCUUCUAUAUCAACUGGAACGAGGAACAAGUGGUGACAUUCUGAGUUUGGACUUUUGGAUGAAGGAUGCGUUACCUGAAGUUGUGACUAGUUCAAAUCAGUUGUGCUCCAAUAGUAACAAGGACCCGCUUGGUAGGUUUUUAUAGGAUUUGGUUAGGUUAGGGGGUCUUGUAUAACAUAUUAGGUUGUUCAAAUAAUUCUCUGCUCUCUAAUCUUGAAAAUUUUCUUUGAGAAGGGGCACAUAACUAUUUAAACAACCUAGUAGUACUAAAAUGUUACCAAAUUUUGAUUUUAGAUGUAGUAUUGUCAUCGGCGUCGAAAUGUCCAAGUUGUGAGAAUAUAAUCUACGAUGAAGAGUUGAUGUAUGGGUGGAAUUUGGGCUCGGUGAACAUGAACUCAACUUGUCCGUUUUGUUCUACCAGCUUCUCGCCUUCAUUAAAGGUUGUUGUAGAGAAGAGACCGUUGGAGAAACUGGCAGCAAGUUGGUAUAUGCCAUUUAUUUUUAACUUUGUCGGCAGAGAAGGAAAAGAGGACACCGAGGAUGAGGAACUUGCUGUAGGUUUAGGACAUAAAAAUAAUUUUUAGUUUUUAUUUUUGUUAAAACAAGCUAUUAGUUUAAUCCUUUGAAAUAAUAUAAUUUUUUAAUUUUUCAGAACGGUCUAACUCUAUCAGUGCCAUUCUUAUCACCCAUCGUAUUGCGCAAAGAACUAGAAGCUCUGUUGAUGAGCGAUUCUCAAGUCUUUUCACGACCUUCACUUCGAGUGUCACAUCCUGUCAUCUUCUGGAAUCAGCUUUAUUACUGUAGACGAUUGGAUCUACCUAGUCAUAUUUACGCAUGGAUAUCACCCCAAGUGCACAUAAGAUGCAUUUAUGAUAUUCCAGAUUUGCACUUGCCUCAGCUGGCUCCAAUUUACUUUUCUCGAGAUGAGGUGGGUUGUAUUCGGAUUUUAAAGCUUUAAUAAUUUUAUUUUUCAAAAGUUAUUUUUAAAAAUGUUUUAAAUUUGAAAAGACAAGUUGCUUCAAGGCAAAUGCAUGGAAAUGAUACUGUGUAUCUGAUUAAGGGCUCGUUAUUACGUUUUGGUUAGCUCAAAAAGUCAAAACUAAUGAAUGAACAUCAUGUUUCGAUAAUUCGAGCAAAAACGUGCUCGUAAAUUGUUUAACCUCCAAAAACUAAAGUAAAAUGUAAAUGUUCAAAAACUCGUGCAAAAAAUAUAGACAAAUUGUGUUAUGUUGACAAUGACGCAAGGAAUUAUUAAGCGGUAACUCAAAAAUUGCCAGGUAAUGGGCUUUUUUUGAGUUAUAUUGUUGUGGGUAGAGGAACUUGAAAUUUUGAAGCAUUUUUGUUACCGUUUCCAUGACGACCGCCUCGGACCGUCUUUGCUCUGAUAUUGCGGCGUCCGACCGGGCAGGGCAAUAAGAAGAGUGUGGCUUUGUCUGAUUAUGACGAAAUGUACAAAAUAGUUGUUUUUUAUUCGUAUUAAUUUUCAAUUAUUUGCUCGAAAAGGGCGUUUACUAUGUGUUUCGUCGGUUGCAGCCUGCCGGAUGGCUGAGAAUGUUGAGGUUGGUUGGUGGCGGUAACUAA